AUGAUUUGGGGUAUUGAAUUGGGCUACGAUGGACAACCUUUUGAACUGGAUUUCAAAGCGCAUUUCAGAAUUUCAGCGACCGAAUGUAGGAAUACGGCUCGGGCACACCAGCGAUACAUCACCACGGCGGUCACUGUCUUACUGCACAAAAAAGGAAAGAAAGAUCAGUUAGGGAACUACAGACCCAUCACGCUCCUGAACACGGUGUACAAGGUGCUGGCGAAGCUGCUGGCAAACAGGCUGAAGAAAGAACUGCACCUGGUGAUCUCAGAGGGACAACAUGGUUUCAUACCAGGCAGGUGCCUGGCGGAUGCGGUGUCAGUGGUAGCGGACGCGGUUGAGGCGGCAGGGAAUGGAGGAGAGGACUGGUACCUCCUCAUGGUCGAUUUUCAGAAGGCAUAUGACACAAUAGCAAGACCAUACCUGUUCGAAACCCUUCGCAAGCUUGGAAUACCGGAACAGUUUGUGAGGUGGACGGAAGGGCUGCACCGAGGCUCCGGCGCGACGAUUGCGAUAAAUGGCUGGGUCAGCACCCGGGUGGAGAUGCAGAGAGGGGUGCGACAAGGCUGUCCGCUGGCACCAUAUUUGUUCCUGUGCGCUCUGGAGCCGCUCUGCCUGGAGAUUGGGAGGAAAGGACUGGGGGUGAAGCCAGAGGGGGGUACAGCACUUACGUACAUAGGUUACGCCGAUGACACAACACUAAUCCUCAAAGGGGAAGACCAGUUGAGAUCAGCGGUGGAGAUUCUGGAAAGGUUCGGCGACCUGUCGGGGCUACGGACAAACAAAGGAAAGUCGGUGGUGGUCCCGCUGGGGAGGAACAGAGGAAAGCAAUCAGCGGACGGGGUAGAUUUCAAGUGGGCCGAGGAUGGUGUACCAGAGCGGCUACUGGGCAUCUGGAUCUCUGCGGACGGGGACGGCGGGCCAUCCUGGGAGAAGGCAUGGGAGCGAGGGAAGGGGGAACUGGUCAAAUGGGAAAGCCACCAUCUCCUCACGGCGGCAAGGGUAACGGUGAUCAACGCGUACAUAAUGCCGAUCUUUAUCUUCCAAGCGCAAGUAUACCCACCACCGGAGGAGCUGUGGAAGCGGAUACAAAAAACAUGUGAUAACUAUGUCUCAAGCGGGCAAGCCACGGCGGACAAGCAGUUCGUGUUGUGGAGCGGGGAGCUAGCCCGGUUACCAAAGAAGGAGGGAGGUCUGGGCCUGAUCGACCCCAAGGCGAGAAUCGACAGUAUGGCAAUCAGGAUGGUGGCGAAAAUGCUUGCGGAGGAAGGAGGCACCAAGAAAUGGCUAGCAGAGAAGGCGGCGGCGCUGCCACAGGGUGAAGCGACGCUCUUCGCAGACCCGUCAGUGGCAAAACACUGGCCAGGAGGGAGCCAGCGGUGGAAGGCAGCGGUUGAGGCCUUCUGGGAGUCUCCAUAUGCUGACAAUCCGGAGCCGGGGAACACAUGGGAGGUCGGUCAGGAAAAGCUGUGUUUCAACCGCCGCGUCAUGUUCAGAGAGAAAAGCCCCUUCGCUGGGAGAAGUACUGUUUGGAGGAGGAACAGGGUCAGGGUUCCCAUCAACGACGCUGGUGGCAACAACCUUCCGACACAUCUGGCUGGCAAGGUGCAACAUGGUGUGGAGAGGGGAGGCUUUUCAGCGGAAAAAGGUGGCGAGGGGGGCAAUUCGAGACUUUAUGCUACAUGCACAAAUCUACCGCACAGGGCUGACACGCAGGGCGCGGAAGAUGGGUACAGCAAAGCAGGGGAAGGACCCGUGGCGGGAUCUGGGUAA